GCCACGCCCCCGCAAAACUCCGACCCCGGUAGUUCCGUUUCCGGCAGCACCAGAUAAGUCGCGAGAGGAAAGUUAAAACCUGCUGUUUGCAUUUAGGACCACUUCGGUUCACGAUGGUCCGUAGUGGGAAAAAUGGUGACCUCCAUCUGAAGCAGAUCGCCUAUUACAAGCGCACAGGUGAAUAUCAUCCAACUACACUGUCGAGUGAGAGAAGCGGCAUACGGCGAGCAGCAAAGAAAUUUGUCUUCAAAGAAAAAAAGCUGUUUUAUGUUGGAAAAGACAGAAAACAAAAUCGUCUGGUAGUUGUUUCAGAAGAGGAAAAAAAGAAAGUCCUAAGAGAAUGCCAUGAAAAUGGCACUGGUGUUCAUCACGGAAUAUCCAGGACUCUAACUCUAGUGGAGUCGAGUUACUACUGGACUUCUGUGACCAAUGACGUCAAACAGUGGGUAUACGCUUGUCAGCAUUGCCAAGUAGCAAAAAAUACUGUUCUGGUGGGACCUCAGCAGCACCUUCUCACAGUGGGAAACCCAUGGAAUGUAGUUACUGUUGAUCUCAUGGGACCUUUUCAUGCUAGCGACAGAAGUCAUGUGUAUGCUAUAAUCGUGACCGAUUUGUUCACAAAAUGGAUUGUGAUUUUGCCUUUAUGUGAUGUUUCAGCGUCAGAAAUUUCCAAAGCUAUUAUCAAUAUAUUUUUCUUAUAUGGACUUCCUCAGAAAAUAAUAAUGGACCAAAGAGAUGAAUUCAUUGAACAGAUCAAUACAGAACUGUAUAGAUUGUUUGGUACAAAACAGAUUGUAAUUCCUCAUGCUUCUGGAAGCGUCAAUCCAUCUGAAAGUACACCGAGCGCAGUCAAAGCCUUUCUCACCAAAUACUGUGCCGAGCACCCAAACACCUGGGAUGAACAUCUGCCAGCGCUUUCCUUUGCCUUCAAUGUGACUCACUCAGAGCCUACUAAGAACACACCGUUUUUCCAGAUGUUCAGCCGGAAUCCUUGUGUGCUGGAGUGUCCUCAUGAAGCGGGUGGUGAAAAUACAAGUGUGUUUGCCAGAAUCGUAGCUGCAGUUAGAGAGGCUGAUGCAGUACUGGAGAAGAAGACACCGUCGGCCGGCCAGAUGGAGAAAAACAAUUUGGAUGAACUAAACAAAACCAAGAGCGUUAAAAAGAAACCAAAGCAGUUAAAUCCUUUUCACUUAAAAGUGGGUCAUGAAGUUUUAAGACAAAGGAAAAACUGGUGGAAAGAUGGCCGUUUCCAGUCUGAAUGGGUUGGUCCUUGUGUCAUAGACUAUAUUACAGAAAGUGGAUGUGCUGUCCUGAGAGAUAACACUGGGACCAGGCUUAAAAGGCCUAUCAAAAUGUCCCACCUUAGACCUUAUGUGAGAGAGUCCGCUGAGCAAGACAGUCUUUAUCUCUUACAAGGUUCGGUAGUAGCAGAUCACGACUACGUUGGAUUACCUGAGAUCCCAGUUGGAGCAGACCAGGCAAACAUUCUGGUAGAAGAUGCAGCUAUUGGUGUAGCUGAUGAUGAGUUAUUGGCAUCAAGCAAGGAUCAUGAACUCUUGGAAUACAGAAAUUCCAAAAUCUCUGCAUUGGUAGAGGAUAACAGUUCUCUUGAGAAACAGACUUUCAGUUUGCUAGAUUCUUCAACUCAAGUUCUUGAGUACUUAAGUUAGUAAAUACCAACGUUAAUUUAAAAUGUUUGCUUAGAAUGUAUAUAGUUCUCGGUUAUAAGCACUUUAUCUAUUAAAGUCGGCUGUAUAGAAGAAAUUUCUUAGUACAAUAUUAUUAACUAUAUUCUGAAGGCUUAUUUUAAACUUAUGUAAAGUUGUGGCGCAUUUGGAUACAAAUAAAUAUAUGUAAUAGAAAUAUACAUUGCAUAGAAUUCAGGAAUCUCUCAGACACAGACAAAAUCCAUUUGCUUCUUUGGAAAUAAAUUCAAGGAGAAAAUUCUCAAGCCUUUUUCUAAUAUUGGGACUGCACUUUCUGUUCUAGUUUUUUUCAGAAAUAUCUCCCUCUUUGAAGUAAAUUUAAACUACUUUUGGCUUAGUUAAUAAAUAUUGAGUGAACAAUA